CCUAUCACUUCUCCGCUGUCUCUCCUGACCCUGCUGUCACCAUAGACAUGACACCUCUCCUGCUCCUACUGUGUGCCGGUGUUUUCCGCACAGCUGCGCUCAGCCACCUCAGACAGUUCCAUAUCACUCAUGAAGAUUUAUUUUGGACAGCGGCACGGAACUAUUGCCGAAACCACUAUACUGAUCUUAUCACUGUAUACAAUCAGGAGGAAGCUGAGCAGCUGAUAGAGUUAAUGAGAUCUAACGGCAGCACUAUGGCCUGGAUAGGUCUCAAUCGCAAAGAGCACAGACAGAAUUUGUCCAAUGAAAACCUUUUUGAUGAAGCUCCAUUGUCACCACCUACAGGCGAAUACACAAAGCCAAACUGUGCUCCUUUCUUGACCCGCCUGCUGAAUGAUGACUGGGAGUGGUCUGAUGGGGGGAGAUCUGCCUAUAGAAACUGGUCAAUGGACCCAAGAGAUGACCAACCCUAUGUAAAAUUAAUUACACCUGGAAGUCUGAUAGCUCUUGGGAGUGAAAACCAAGGAGAUUCAUUAUGCAAUGACGACUUGGAUGAAGAUCGUCGAGGAAAGAAAGACCUGGGAACAAGCUCUGAACCACUGCAAUAAUAAGUACCGUGGACUGCUGCGUAUUGAAUCUGAAAAGGACCAGAGGGUCGUGGAGCAGAACCUGAGGUGUGCUGGUGUCCCUGGUCCCGUGUGGGUGGGUCUGAGACAGAGUAGUGUCUUUGGGUUUUGGGUCUGGACCAAUGGGCUGCCACUGACAGGGUACUGGAAUAACUGGGAGGGGGACAGACAGCCUGAACAGCCUCUGGCCCACCACUGUGGUGCAAUGGCAACUGUGGCAGGAUACAAGUGGAGUGAUAAGGACUGUCUGUCCAUGUUCUAUUUUAUCUGUGAAAAGUGAUACAUUUCCUUACUGUCUAUCACUACCAUUCUACAUGUUUUGAUUGACAUGUUGAAUUUAGGUAAGUGAUCAUUGAAAUAAUUUCUCCAAUGUUGUUUUACAGCAUGCAAUGUAAUGUACACCUGGUCAUUAUCAAUAUAAUAUAUUAUCAAUAUACAGUAUAUGAGCAAUAUUUGAGUACAAUUGCAUGAUAUUUCUGAUAUUUUAAAUGUUUAGAACAAAAUAUAUAGAUUAUAUGAUGGUGAUUAAAUGAUGAUAGUCCUCAGUCAUUAUAUGUACAGUUGAAGUCAGAAGUUUACAAACACCUUAGUCAAAUACAUUUAAACUCAGUUUUUCACAAUU